UCUGCAUAGACCAAUACCCCACACCAUGCUCCCUUAACCCCCACCCCCCUUUCUAGGAAACACUGAUGACGCCAUGCUUCUUCUUUCUCCAGAAAUGUAUGAUUUGCUUUUGAGAGCCAGAUCUCAGUCACCCACAGUGAAUGACAGAAAGCAGAGGCCACAGGCAGGAGGGUUGGAAGCUACUGUGGCCUGUGGUGAUGAUGAGGCCAACCUUCAACAAUUAUCGCUACUGAAUACAUCAGGGAACACAUCUCUCUUACAUAUUGAUCCAAAAAGCGAUGUCAUAUGUCUUCUUUAUCCAACACAUGAAGUUAACUGCUCCUGGUCAUUGGAGUCUCUGGAGAUGAAAGCUAAUGUCACCACCACAAUUAGCAUUUGCAAUGGUGAUAAAACAAUGCAAACUCAGGAGUCUAAGAUAUCCACUGGAUCACAUAGCAGUCUCAUUGAAAAAACUAUAACCGAGUUGAUCCUGCACUUCAAUAUUAGUCUGCAUGACCAAUGGGCAGUUUAUUACUACAAGAUUGAUAACGAAUCCUUAGUUCUUCCUCCACCACCAGAUGUCAAAGGCUCAUUUAAAGACAAUGAUUUGUUCAUUACUUGGGGCCUUCCUUUUUGUCAAAUAGAUUGCAGUAAUGGUAUCUUGGAAUAUGAAUUACAUAUAAGUGAUCAGGAAAAGCCUAAGUAUGUGAUGGCUCUACAAUCUUACACUGAGCCCAAUGUGGACCUCACUCAAAGCUACACAGUGACAAUAAGAACAAGAGUAAGUGAGUAUUAUGCUGGGUCCCAUCACUGGAGUGACUGGAGUCAUCCUGUCACAAUAGAAGCAAAACAGUUAACGUAUCAACUAACUGCUGAGAUGAUAAUAGCCAUUUCAGUCGGAAUACCCAUGAUCCUCUUGGCUCUACUGCUGGUGGUUUGUCAAAGAUUGUCCAAGCGCCUGUUCCCUCCUAUACCAAGCCCUCCACCAAGGUACUUGCAUGUUUUGCAGAACGGUGACCAUUUUGUCUCUCCUGACCUGGCAGUGAAACCUGAUGAGGAGAUCACAUUGGUGUUUUACUCAGAGAAUGAAAAGACACACAAAAGUAGACCUAUAUAAUAUUUAGCAAUGCAUUUUUAAUGGUAAUAUUUGUUUUUUUAACUUCUUGAAUACAUGUGAUGUGUCAGUUAGACCAAAUAUCUACAAAGUUUUGAUUUGCCAGGUCGCAUUGUUUCACUUAAUGCUUUUGAUACCAUGUUUAUGUAUGUUUUGUAUUAUCACAUAUGAUAUUCUGUACACAUUUUUUUAUUUUUAUUUUGUUUUUAAUUAUUAAAGGUAGUAAAGAGUUCAUCAGCAAUUAAGUAUCUCACAGUUUACUCUAAAGAAACCUCAGAAAAGGUGUAAGAUUUACAACAGUUACAAGAAAAAAGGACAUGCUGCAACCUUUAGAAAACGUGAGAUGAUUAUUGUCUGUUUUGAUGGUCUUCAUCACAAAUACAUUUUCAUUAUGCAAAAUUU